AUGAUUCCAUUUGGUUCUCUUAGUUUGCUCUGUCUGCUGUCUCUGUAUGUGGGAGCUCUGCUGUCCUCAGACGCUUCUCCGGCCUGCACGCGCCCUCCCUGCAGGGACACCCUGGUAGCUGUGCCCAACCAGCCAGGGGCAGGAGCAGGAGUCAGCACAGGGGCCUGUGAGGGUCAAACUGGGACAGCAGCCUGCAGGAUGGGGGUCUCACUCCCAGCCAUCGCCAGUUUACCUCGAAGGGUGGAGCACAGGCAGGAUUUCUCUCAUGUACAACCAAAGACUGGAGGUGUGAAAGAGCGUCUCGUUCAGCUGCAGCGCUGCAUGCGCUCUCUCCAGGAAACAGGGGGCCCCUGGAGUCACAGAGGCCAGGACAGUGACUCUCUAGGGGCCAUCCUAGCCCUGAUGGCAGCUGUACUGACAGAGUGUGACCUCCACUGUCACAGCCAGGCCCUUGGGGUGAUGGCAAAACGACUGGAGAGUGCAGCCGUGGGAAGAGAGGGGGAGAAGGAUCUGCUGCUAUUCCUGAAGAGCAUCACACAACAUCCACCCACAGUCCCCCCAUUAGAGAGACUACAUCCACAGGACUGUGCAGAGAUUUACAAGCUUGGGAUCAAAGAGAAUGGCAUCUACACCAUCCAGCCAGACCUGCACAGGCCAGCUUUAGAGGCUAAAUGUGACAUGGAGACGGCGGGUGGUGGGUGGACAGUGAUCCAGAAUCGUCAGGAUGGCUCAGUGGAUUUCAACAGGACAUGGCAGGAAUACCGAGAGGGCUUUGGCAGUCCACAGGGAGAGCUGUGGCUUGGGAACGCAGCACUUCAUGGCCUCACCUCCACUGGCCAACACCUAGUGCGCAUCGAGCUGGAGGACUGGCACCAGCAAAAGCGCCAUGCUAUCUACAACAACUUCAAAGUGGCCUCAGAGGCUCAGAGGUAUCGUCUCACAGCGCGGGAGUACUCCGGUGACGCAGGCAACGCUCUGAGCUACAGCAAACGUUACAACCAUGAUGGCAGAUCUUUCAGCACCGCUGACCGAGACAACGACCGUUACGCAGCCGGUAAUUGUGGUCAGUACUACGGUGCAGGAUGGUGGUUUGAUGCUUGUCUGGCAGCAAACUUAAAUGGACGGUAUUACCGCGGGCGCUAUAGUGGGGUGACCAACGGUAUUUACUGGGGGACGUGGUAUAUCCUGACAGAUGGGAGGACAGGAGAGCGCUACUCCUUUAAGAGGGUGGAGAUGAAGAUAAGACCCAAGAACUUUGCAGGAACAUCCUAA